UCGCCCAAUGUUCCAGGAGGUACGGGAGGAACUAAGUCGAAGUAAAUGAAGGAGUCCAUUAUGAACCAGGAGAAGCUCGCCAAACUGCAGGCGCAGGUCCGCAUAGGUGGCAAGGGAUCAGCACGCAGAAAGAAGAAGGUGGUACAUCGAACAGCGACAGCAGAUGACAAGAAGCUGCAAUUCUCCCUCAAAAAGCUGGGUGUCAACAAUAUAUCUGGCAUAGAGGAGGUGAAUAUGUUCACAAACCAGGGCACAGUCAUCCACUUCAACAACCCUAAAGUGCAGGCAUCCUUGGCGGCCAAUACCUUCACCAUCACAGGUCAUGCUGAGAACAAACAGCUCACGGAGAUGCUCCCCGGAAUCCUAAAUCAGCUGGGAGCCGACAGUCUCACCAGCCUAAGGAGAUUAGCGGAGACGCUGCCCAAGCCAAUGGGGGAGAGUAAAGCACCUAUGGUCGCUGUCGAAGAGGAGGAUGACGAAGUUCCUGAUCUUGUUGAGAACUUCGACGAGGCUUCAAAGAACGAAGCGAACUAA